ACACCGCCUAGAAGAGAAAACCUUGAAGUCCCUGACGGGAGGACCCAGACCUGGAGCCAAGAAGCCCCUCAAUAUCACCACCAAACAUUUCAAUCCCCAGGAAAGGCAGGUCUCCAAGUUUUGAGGAAGAUAACAGCUUUCUGCCCCAUAUGUCCUACUCUCUUCUCUUCCUUCCCAGUCUCCCAUGGUCUGAGGCACUGACUAGUUGAAGGUUCUUAGGAGUCUACCUUCGCAGGUCCAUCUGACUCAUUCUAAUUGUUCAUCAAUCCCCAGAGGAGAACGAGGGGGAAGAGGAGGUCUCCAAAGGAGGACCAAGGGACCAGAAAAGGAGCCCUCUGGGGCCUCGAGCAGGGGGACAAAACUGGAACCAUCAGGGAACAUGAGUGAGUUUUGGCACAAACUGGGCUGCUGCGUGGUAGAGAAACCCCAGCCGAAAAAGAAGAGAAGGCGGAUUGACAGGACCAUGAUUGGAGAACCUAUGAAUUUUGUUCAUCUAACACACAUUGGCUCUGGAGAGAUGGGGGCUGGAGAUGGACUAUCCAUGACAGGUGCUGUACAAGAGCAAAUGAGAUCCAAGGGAAACCGGGACAGGCCAUGGAGCAGCUCCAGGGGCUUAUAGCUCUAAAGGAGAUGGUUUUGCCAUCUUGGAGUCCCCAGUCCUGUGCUCAGCUAAGAAGAAAUGAAUGCUGCCCCAUCCCGAACCAAUGACCCCAGGACCUUCCCCUCUGUCUUCCCUCCCUAUCAUUGUCUAGAAGGGCUUGGGAGAUUGGACUCCCCACUAUACCACCCUGGUCAAGCCCCUCCUGGAGAUGGGGUCAAGGCAGCAGGACUGACCAAAUGACCACUGGCUAGCCAGCUUCUAGCCUUGGAUGCCCAACUGACCUGAGAUAGGAACCCUCACACCCACCCCUGGGAGGAACCAUGGGUGAACUCUAGGUUCCUUAAUGAUGGUCUGGGCCCUGGGCUGCUCUUUAACUUGGACCCCUACCUUAGGAAUCCUCUUCUUGGGGUAGAUGGGUUGCAUUGCAGAGCUGAGGUCAGCUUUGUUGAUCGUUACCUAUAUCCACAACCUCUCCAACUUUCUUCCUGGACUGAAAGCAGAUUUCAGGCGAGGGGCUGGGAAAGACAACCAGCUACUUCUCUCAUUUUUCCCCUUUGGACUCUAGCUCCUCAGCUCACAGCAUUUCAGCAUCUAUCUCUGAAUACCUAAGGCCUUUGAGCCCUGGUUUCUAUAGCAUUAGUAUCUCCCCACCAAUUAUCCCCUCCCCCUCCCCCACUUUUUUUUUUUAAUUAAAAAGUUAAUUUAAGACCACUUCUCUUAAUUACUCCCCAACCAUGCCAGGAACCAUCACAAUCCCCACUACAUCUAUCUCGGGGUUGGGAAUUGGGAGAAACCGCCUGUGUACUAGACAUUUGUCCUUCUGUCAGAUUCUCAGGGUCAGGCUUGACCUCCAUUGACCUCCCCUGCUGGCACAGGUGAGGGAGAGAAUGGAAAAAGGAAGUGGGACCUGGGACUACAGAAGGAAGUUAUAUCUCAGGGAGGACCUCCUGAUCAUCCUGGGAGAGAGAUAAAAGGCUACCUUUGAAUUUGUAGGUGGAAACCUCAAGAUAAUGUGGUUGCUUGGGGGCAGGGUUCUGCUCAGAGUAUAAACCCUAGUAGAUUUGAGGAUGUGAUUUUCUUCCUCAAGUUCUGACCCAUCUUAGAGUCUGCAGCUGGGCUGUGGACAGCCAUGGGGUCACUUGUAGCCAGGAUUAGCAAGAUUCUACACCUUUUCAAGCCAUGCAACUUGACUAUUUCUGUGUGUGUAUCUGAUGUUUCUGUGAUAGAUGUAUGUUUGUGUGAUGUCAUUCUUGCUGAUUGGGAUAGGUCCCAAAGGGCUAAGUAAGACCUUAGUAGAGUACCCUGACACGGGAAGGGCCAGUGCAGUGGUGAAAAUUCCACAUAUUGUUUCCCUCCUGUGCAAGACCAGACCCCGGUGAGGGUUGGGAUGAAUUCUGAGAAGCUCCCCACCUGACAAAAGGGGCCAGUGUUAUUUGAAAGAGGAAAGUGGUGGGGGUCUUGAUACCUCCAAUCUUUCUCUGGUAUUCUCUGCUUUAUUCUCUUUCUGAAGGAGUAGGGAAGUAGAUCGAGGAAGACAUAAGCCAAACCUAAACCUGACCUUCCACUCAACUGAGGAAAGCAGGCAAGGAGUUCUCUGUCUCUGUAGUCACUCCUGGGGCAGGAAGGAGGCACUAAGAGAGGAACUCUUAGGAGCAUGUGACCUGAGACUCCGAUUCUUCCAUCUUUAUAAGUACUUUGCCUCCACCUACACUGACUAGGGGCUCUUGUUUCUUCAAAACUUUGCUCUUCCUACUUUUUUAUAUCUCUUUAGGUCAAUGGUUGAUAUGGCAUAAUAAUUCCCUGGCUCACUCUUGGUUCAUCUUUCUGGUUAUUUUGAGGGGUAGCCUGGAUUCUACCCUGAAAGCUAAGUAGAAACUAGGAUUCUCUGCCUGGGAAUUGAAUUGACUUGGUUCUGGAAGGGUUGAAGUACUGUCCGAUCAGCUGGAUCUGUGAACACUGUAGGUUUUCAUCUCUAGUCUUGGGCCACACUCCUUUUUUUCUUUCCUUUUGAGAUUUCUUACCAUUGGCCUUCCCUUUUAUGGAACUCACCUGAUGUCACUUAUGCCUUCCCUAUCACUUCUACCAACUUGCAAAAGUGAUUAGGGUGAGUUUGAGAGUCUUAAUUUAUCAAAAAAAAAAAAAGCAAAAACAAAAAAC